CGCCGGCUCCGGUCUCAGUCAGCGCCUCUGCUCACGCCGUGGAGACAGCGAGCAGCGCGGCUUGCGAACCAAGGGGCCGGGGAGAGAGUGGGCGCUCGCUCCGGGCAACCCCAAUGCGUGGACUAUCUGCCGCUGCACUAUGCUGGAGCCACAGUGCCGCUGAACGGAGAUUGCACGCGGCCGGCUGGGCUGGAUUGCAGCGCUGUCUUUCCUUAUGAAGAAGACACAAACUUGGAUUAUCACUUGCUUUUAUCUUCAACUGCUCCUACUUAAUCCUCUUGUCAAAGCCCAAAGUCCCUGUGGGAAUCCAGUGACAGAUGAUGUGAAUGACAUUACAAAACUGGUUGGAAAUCUUCCAAAUGAUUAUAUGAUAACCCUUAGGUAUGUUCAGAAGAUGGACACUCUGCCUAAUCACUGUUGGUUGCAUUUGAUGGUGCCUGAGUUUUCAAAGAGUCUGCAUAAUCUUCUGCAAAAAUUUUCAGAUAUGUCUGAUGUUUUAAGUAACUAUUCAAUCAUCAAUAAUCUCACGAGGAUAAUCAAUGAUAUUAUAUCAUGUCUAGAUUCUGAGAAAAAUAAGAAUUUUAGAAAAGAAAAUGUUCAUCUUUAUGAAGAAGGCAGGUUCAUUCCUGAAGAAUUCUUUAGGCGCUUUAAUAGAACCAUUGACGCCUACAAGGAUUUUGCAGAAAAAUCAGAUCAUAGUGACUGUGUUCUGCCAUCAACAACAGAAACACCAGAGAACAAUCCAAGAGUCAGUGUAACAAAUCCAUUGUUGUUACCUCCUGUUGCUGCCAGUUCCCUUAAGAAUGACAGCAGUGACAGUAACAAAGAGGCACUCGACUUCAUUAGCAGCCCCAGCCUGAAAGUGAUAAGCAUAGCACUGCCGUCAUUGUUUUCUCUUCUUAUUGGCUUUACUUUGGGAGCCAUCUGCUGGAAGAAAACACAUCGCACACCCAGACCAGAAAGUGAUGAAACAACACCGUGUAAUAACUGUCAAGAGGAUAAUGAGAUAAGGCAGCCAACAGUUCCAUGUUUGCUUCAUAAAUGAAGCAACUUUAAGCAUAUUCAUAUUCCUUCUGGAGUGACAGACUGAGUCUGCAUUGAUUGCUGCCCAGGAUCCAUACUGAUUCAAAGAGAUGAGAACGAAGGGUGUGUUUGUUACUGUGAAACCAGCACUGAAUUGAACAGCGUCAAGAAGUGUGCUCUGAGCAGGACUGUAUUUUAUUCAAAUACCUACCUUGUGUGGAAUUGGGAGUCAUUUAACUGUAUAGUCCUUAAGCUGAUUCUGGCAAAGGAAGUACGUGGCCUGAACAAAAAAGACCUCUUUCAAAUGCCUCCAGAAACAUGUAAUCUUUGAAAGUCAUAGGGAAGUUUGUAUUCUUGAUUUACAUCCUGUGUCCUCUUGCUUACCCUGAUGCCUACAAACGGAGUUCUCUGAAUUGAAAAAAAAAAAAAUAAAAAAAAUGCAGAAAUGGAUACAGAAACAUACUCUGCAGUAUUGUUGUAUAAAACUUGCAAGUCAGGUGGUGCACCGGACCAGUGUGCUAGCCUUUCACUUCUAAGGAACUGGUUUCAUAUCUAGUAAAGGUCAUAUGUAAAAUGAGAUGUGGUCUCUAUCUUGUGCCAGGUGGAUGUAUGUCCACCUCAAAAAUCCUCCACAGAACUUGGCUUGGCUGGUGGUCUCCAUUUAGAAGAAGCAAAGAAUGGAUCAAAAAGAAGUAAAGCAGAAGUGACAGUAGCAGGAUGGAGCUUUGACAGCAUUAGGAGAAACUGUUGUAUGUGUGAAGACUCCAAUUAAAAUUCCAGCCAUAGAAUGGGGAGGGAAAACAAAGUUUGAAUUGCAUUCAACAUCUGGAAUAACAGUAUACUCAUGAAACCUUUUCUAAAUAUUGAUGAUGCAUGCCACUGAUUCCUUAGCUUAUAUAAGAUGUAGGAAAUGUGGAAGAUACUGAGAAUGAAUUUAUUAAUUACUGCUGACAUACAGUAAAAGCUAUUUGCAUUGUGUUUUAAAUGACUAAUAAGGUUUUAUUUUUUAAUCUGGCAUUCUCCCCUUUUUUUUUUUUAAAGAUGAAUUCUAGUCAAGGUAUGAAAGCUUUAUUUCCAGUUGUCCUCAGUGUCUACUGCUGUUAUUAAAUACAUGAACUACAGAAACAAGACUGAUAAUAAAUUAAGACUUUGUCAGACAUGCAUUUUUAAGGAGGCACUAAAAAUACUAUACUGGAACUUGCAACGUGCGUUUUAUGCAUCCCAUUUGUACAUGCUCUUUCCAGAAAAUGGAUACUACUUAUUUAUCUAUUUUAAUGUGGUCUGCUGCAGAAAGGAGGAAUGUCUCACCCCAAAUGACAAACUGCCUAACAGCUGACCAUUAACCCAGUAACAGUUAAUUUAAAAUAUGUCCAAAAUAUUUUGUUUUAAUGUCUUCAUAAAGCUGACUAUAUUUUAGAAAGAGUUCUUCUAAAAGUUUAAAUAAAAGUGUCAUGGAUGCUUUAGUUAUUUCCUUAAUCUGCUAUGAACUAUAUGUCAAAGGAAUUUACUAUAUAUAUGGUCAGUUAAUUAGUAAGACAUCUGAGUGCCACAAUGUACAAAAAGUAUUAUGAUCAAUGAUGGAGAUUACAGAUAUGUAUAGACAAUUUGGGUGGAAACUUGGCAAGUCAAUGGCAAACUCCUAUUGAUUUCAAUGGGGUCAAAAUUUGCCCUUUAGGGUCUAGUUUUCAAUGUUCUAGCAGUGAUACUCAGCUGGUGUAAACUGUCAUAGCUCCAUUAAAGUCAAUGGAGCUAUGAUAAUCUACACCAAUUGAGGAUCUGUCCCUACAGCAGGUCAAGAGGCUUUUGUGUAAGUCAGAAUUGGACCCUAAUAUCCUGACUUUCAUAAGGUGCUGGAGCACCGACCACUUCAAUUGAAAUAAAUGGGAGAAGCUCAGCACCUCUAAAAAUCAGACCCUUAGCAACUUUUAGCACUACAGAAAACCAAGCAGUAGAAUUCUCCAUCUGUAGCAGCUCAGUCUGACACAAUAAUGUAUGUGUCUGUAUUUCUUACACUAGUAUUUCAAGCCUACUUUCCACUUUUAGAAUCUCAGCAUGACUUAAUGUUUGUUUGCGAACUUGCACCUAGAGCCCUGCAGAGGGACUAGGAUCCUGCUGCCAUAAUAGUGGGAGUGGGUAAAAUGUACUUUGUUGCUGGCAGGAUUGGGUGGGCAAAAAAAAAAAAAAAAAACUGGUAAUUUGCGGGAAAACACUAAAUCUCUCAUCAGUUUGUCAUAAAUAGAAUUUCAGCAAUGUAAAGCAAGUUUCUUUUUAUUUUAAAUAAAGGUUUUAAUGCUUAAAUUUAAAUAAGGGAUAGAAAGAUUUGAGGUCUAUUAUAACAGGAGUUAAAAGUAUUUUUACAAGGUUUAAGCAAGAUUUGUUUGUUCU